UGCGUAGAUGUGAUAGAUUUCUUAACCUCGAUAGUUAUCGUUAUGUAGAUGUCAACUUUAACAAUAACUUUAACUCGGUUUUCGGGGCAGAGCGACAUUUUUUCGGCCAAAUUCUUUUGUUUUAUGCAAAAACGCGCUGAUUAAACUUAAAUUUUAUGGAUUUUUGAGCUGUGGGAGGCUCAUAUAAAUAAUUACCAGCGUGAUAUUACUAAUAUAGAUAGAAAGUUUGUGGACGUUGUUAUAAGUUGAACAUAAUGAAAAAGUCAAGUUCCGAUAAUAUUGCUGCGAAUGAUGCUUCAAUGCUCAACGUGGCUGAAGAACUACUUGCACCAAUUGACAUCACUAUGAAACUAGAUUUAUUAGAAAAUCCAGUAAAGCCUCCAAUAGUGAUUUAUAAACAUGCAAGUCACUGGGACAAACUUAAGAUGGGAUUAGAGCCGGCUGAUCAACAGAUUGUGGACAGAUUACGAAAGCUAAAAGAUGAGGAACGAAACAUUCCAUUGCCUACAGUUGAGGAGAUAAAACAAAGAUUGGCAUUAUUGAAAGAUCAAAAUCCAGAAGCCAGUGGAAGUAACAUCAUAAAUAUAUAUCGAAUAGAUACUAGAACAGAUCAAGAGAAAGCAGAGGAUUUAAUUCAGGAAUACCUUGCGCCAAUGGAGCUGCCUUCAACUAGCGACCUUUGUAAAGAUAUCGAGGAGAUGUUCAACUCCUUACAGGAUGAUGGCAAUAGAACUCGUUUUGAUCAAUGCAUGAAGGAAGAAAUCGACAUUUACAAGAAGUUACGUGAUACGACAAGCAGCGAUAAUACAGAACUAAUUAACAAAAUUUCAGCAAUGGAAAUAGAGACUCCUCCAAACGUACAAGACGAUAAUGAAGAUGAAACUGAAGAUGAAGACGAGAAUGAAAAUGAAUGCAUCAUGUGCUCGCGAACUGUGAAUGAAUCAGACCUAUAUAAAUGCACAGGAUGUACAGGUGAUCUCUAUUGUCCUUCAUGUUUUGAGAGUUCUCACGAUGAAAAUGAAAUGAUAGAUAAACAUAAGGCCGUUCACUUUAUCAAGGAAGAUAAAUUAUCUUCUGCAAAGAUGAACCUUAUAAGAAAAUUAUUAACGUCAGAUAGUCGAAAAAACAAUCACUGAUAUUUCGUUACUGCAUUAUAUAUAAAAUUUUUCAGAGCCAGUUUUAUAUUUAUUUAUACCGUUGAUUCGGUAGCAAUUAGAUACUGCAAUUGGAUACGCACAAGACUAUAAUUAGAAACGUAUAGUUUUAACAAAUGUAAAAAAUAAUUAAUUCAAAGAUUUCUCCAAUCAUUUAAUGCAGAUGAUUUUUCCAGUCUCUAGAAAUUAAAAGUACGCUUUAUCGCU